AGUCACACCGUGCAUGAGGCUCAUAUAGAUAAUUUUCCUUGUUUCUGUUUGAUGACACAUGCAGCUGCACACAAUGUGACUCCAUGGUGAGAGUCAGACAAUGAACGCCUCCUCCUGCUGUGAUCCUCCUGUCAUCAUGUAUCAGCAAAGCGCUGGGUCUGACCUUAAUGCCAGCUGUGACUGGCUUCCUCCUCCCUGUAACUGGACGGCAGUGGACAGAGUGCCACAGCUGCCAACCUUCUCUACAGCGGCCAAAGUCAGAGUCAUCAUCACCUUCAUCCUCUGUGGCGUCUCCACUUUCUGUAACCUGGCUGUGCUGUGGGCAGCUAGCAGCCACAAACGCAAAUCCCAUGUCAGAGUGCUGAUUAUCAACUUGACCACAGCUGAUCUGUUGGUCACAUUCAUCGUGAUGCCUGUGGACGCCGUGUGGAACAUCACAGUUCAGUGGCUGGCCAGCGACCUGGCCUGCAGGCUCCUGAUGUUCCUCAAGCUGCAGGCUAUGUACUCCUGCGCGUUUGUCACUGUGGUGAUCAGUCUGGACCGACAGUCUGCGAUCUUAAACCCUCUGGCUAUCAGCAUGGCCCGCCAGAGGAACAGGGUGAUGCUGAUGGUGGCAUGGACGAUGAGCGUCUUGCUCUCAAUUCCUCAGAUGUUUAUUUUCCAUAAUGUGACAAUCACCUAUCCUGCAAACUUUACUCAGUGCACCACCAGGGGGAGCUUUGUCAUGCACUGGCAGGAGACAGCUUACAACAUGUUCACCUUCUCCUGCCUCUUCCUGUUACCUCUUGUGAUAAUGAUUGUCUGCUACACCAGGAUCUUCAUCCAGAUCUCCAAACAGAUGACACAAAAAGGAUUGUCAUCAAAUGAACCACACCUGCGUUGCUCAAAGAACAAUAUCCCCAAAGCCAGAAUGAGGACUCUAAAGAUGAGCAUUGUCAUCGUGAUCAGCUUCAUAGUCUGCUGGACUCCGUACUACCUGCUGGGUUUGUGGUACUGGUUCUUUCCAGAUGACCUGGAGGGAAAAGUCUCUCACUCUCUCACCCACAUUCUGUUUAUCUUUGGGCUUUUCAACACCUGCCUGGACCCCGUCAUCUACGGCCUGUUCACUAUACGCUUUCGCAAGGGGCUGAGGAGCUGCUACAACAAAUCUCCGGCGAUGACAGACCUGCAAACUGACGCUGUGAUAAUGGAGUCCCUGAAAUGUACUUCAACUACUUUCUCCACCAAAAGAGAAAUGACUGCUGGUGGAACAGACAGCAACUGUGCCCAGGCUGAGACAAAAGCCUUGGAAAUCAAGCCACUGACUGUGUUGAAUCAAGAGGGAGGAGGAAAGUCUGGACUUUUCAGUCAUGAAAGCACUAUAUGACAGAAACGUUCAGUAGAAGCAGGACUUUAGCUGCUGUUUGAACCUUUUUCUGUUGUCUGUAUACUGAGCAUUUUUAUCUCACAGUCCCAGAUGCAUCCAUUGAUUUCAUGCAUCUAAAGACUAAGCAUUGAAACUAAUAAUAUCCACUAUCCACUAUAUGGGUGUAUCAUCAACAACUCAGGGUUGUACAAUAAAUAGAAGCUGUAGUGCCUUUAAGGGAUACUACAUUGAAGGUUAUGCAACACCUUUAUGAACUCAGUAGACCUGUUAGGAGCUGUAUGUGUGUUGUGUAAUGGGCUCUCAUUUUAAGACGAGUCUGCAAUCUACAGCAUGCAUUACCAAAAAGCUUCAGGGCUGAAUGAAAAAAAGAAGAGGGUCACUGUCAGGUUACACAACAGCUCUUUAUGUACAUGGUUACAAAUUGCUUACAGUCUGAAAUGAAAAAGCUUCUUUUGAAGAUUGUGUAGGACACAAAUUUAACUUGGUUACUAUGAGCUUUGUGCAUUACUUAAAAGAUGUUGUGAUUGUUAAAAAUAACUGCUGAAAAUAUCACUGUUGACUGAUUGAAGUGAUUCUUCGUUUGGUUGUAUGACCUACUUGUCACUUGAAGUGUAGUACCUACAGGUAAUCCCAGAUUGCUCAGCCAGAUAGCAAGCAAUUGAACUGGCACAGGUACUAAGCUAUGAACUGCUACAGACACAAUCAACUCUACCGUAUUCAACAUUUGUUGCUUAGCUUCUGUGCUGGUUUUCUGCUCAGUUUCUCAACAUAGAGGUAGAGCCGAUUGGGAUCUCCUGUAGGUAAAACACUUACUAAGAAGUACCUCAUACAAACUCACUUCAGAACAAAACAAAACUAUCCUUCAGUUGACUUACAGUGUUGUAGUACUUGUGCGAGUCCAACUUGAGCUAGGAUUUUCCGGACUUAAGCUCUGAUGACUUAGACCCGAGCAUUGACUUAGACACAGGGGACUUGCCGACAACUCAUGUGUACAGCUGGUAUGGUUAAGGUUGGAAAAUGUAGCUACAUGUUGUGUUUUCAUGAGGAACAAACUGACUAAUGGUGAAAUGUUGUCACUCUGAACUGGUUGUUCUGUGGCCAGUCAAAAGUUUUCACUAAUGUCCAUUUCAUGACUCUAACUGAAGCACUAGUCAUUGAUUUGGCCGACCUGAAUGUCACAGUCUGACUUUGGCUUCUAAUCUGCAUGUGGGAUCAGGCAUGUCCUAACCUUCAGAAGGCUGGAAGCAGUACAAUGAUAAGGAUGCUUUGUUACCUUACCUCACCUUUGGGACUGGCUGACCAAGCAGUGAUCUAAAUGUCAGAUCCAGGGCUGCCCAAAACUCUGCUCAGAUAUGAGUUCAAUCAUCUCACCUUUAGAGCCCAUCAAAUCCUCAAACACACAUUCUUUGUUCCUCCAUGAUUAUACAGCUGAUCGGAGUGUAUUCUGAAUUAAUGCCUAUGAUAUCCAUGUAUUUAAUAGGAAAGCUAUGAACACACGUGUCAAAUAAGACUGCAGGCCAAUACAGCUUAUUUGUAUUCAAACAAGGUCUUUUAUUAAAAUCGUGACACCAGCACAACAUGUAGCUUACAGUGCGUGCAAAGACGUAACCUGACUUGCUUGUUGCCAUGAGUACUGUACGUCUAAGCCUAAUUGUAUUCAGACUCUCUGAUUGGUUUACUGGGAUGUCACUCAACUCGUAUCCAAUACCUUGACAACCCGUGCCUUUAUAAGUGGAAAUGAUGCAUGUGAAAACACUGUUGACUUUCUGUUUCCUGUUGAAACAUGAAACUUUGUUCAAGUCGAGUGUUUGUUUGACCCAUCAGCAUGAUAAAUCAGUAGCUGUUUCCUACAACAUUACCUCCUGGUUUGGGAAGCUUAAAGUGAUAGAUAUUGCAGUUAAUCGAAUCACAAUCUGAAGUCCUGCUCCACAUGAAGGGACUCUUUGAAUCACCAAACAAUCACUAAACAUAUCCAGCAUUAAUACCUGGCUUCCAGCUAAAGACAUAUGUUUACACAAAAUACUGAUUUAAAUGUGUUUUUAUUGAUUUAAAAUUAUAUUUUAGUACACUUAAAAAAUGUUUUAAUUGUUCCUCGAAUUCCACGGUCCGUUGCAUUCCCAUGGCAACAGAUUCUUAUCUGCCUUCGGUAAAAAUAAAAACUAAACACAAAAUUUCAAUUUACUAGGCUACUGGUUUGUUGAUGUCUGCUCAGUACUGUAAGAUUUAUUUGCAUGUUUAACAAGGAAGCCGUAUUGUCCGUCACUAUCAUACCGCAGUGCAGAGUUGAAUUAGUAUGUCAUACUCAAUAGUUUUUAAUUCAUCACUCCACACACAGUCACUGCUCUCUCCAGAAUACACUUAAUAAGCAUGCACACACUGUUCCUAUGAAGUUUGAUGUGACAGACUGAUUAUAUUUCAUUGCCACCGACUGGUUCUGCAUGCUUAUGUGGGUGUUUUUAACAGUGUCUGCAUUGUUGUCGGGACAAACAAAUGUUUUUGCCACAGUGUCAACAGACAGAAGUUAAUAAGCUGGAGUCUUUUACAAAGAUGGAUUUGAUAUGAAAUGUGUGAUCAAGUUGUGAA